GAGCCCCGCCCCAAAAUAACAUCGUCAUCAUCAUCAUAGUCUGAAAGAAAUAUCUGGAGGGCACGAGAGAGGACGCACGCGGACUACCAACCUGCACGCGCCGCGCAGUCGAGUUCGACCAUCACCUCUGGAUGCUAAUAUGAGGAAGCCUCUGCCGUGCUGAAGAUCAUCUGGAUUCCACUGAUUUACUGGACAAGUAGCAUGCCUGGCAUGCACUAAGCCCAACUGUAGCGUGAACAUUGAAGCUGAGAAAUCAGCCAUGGCCCGCCUGAGCUCUCAGCGCCAAUGGAGGAAACUUCGUCCUGCUCGGGUGCUCGGCCUCCUCAUCAGUCUUGUAGCAAUAAGUGCAGUGGCUUUCUUGUGGCGCUCUUCUGCUCAGCGAGAGGGACUACAGAGCCACGUCCCACACAGGACAUUACUGUCCACACACCUGGGUUAUCAUGGUAAUCUCACGGAGGACACACCCGUGGCCAUGCGCUCGUCUGCGUUGUCGAACGAGAGUCAGGGGGACUACCCGACUGACCUGUUUAGCCUGGAAGACCGUCGAAGAGGCGCUGUGGUAAUGCACAUGUUCGGCAUGAUCUACAUUUUCAUUGCCCUCGCCAUAGUGUGCGACGAGUUCUUCGUACCCGCGCUCACCGUCAUCACAGAGAAACUCAUGAUCUCGGACGAUGUGGCGGGCGCCACCUUUAUGGCGGCCGGGGGCUCUGCUCCUGAGCUCUUCACCUCGGUCAUUGGCGUGUUCAUCUCCCACAGUAACGUGGGCAUCGGAACCAUCGUCGGCUCUGCCGUGUUCAACAUCCUGUUCGUCAUCGGAAUGUGUGCCGUGUUCUCGAAGGAGAUCCUAAACCUGACAUGGUGGCCUCUCUUCAGGGACGUCUCCUUCUACAUCAUCGACCUCAUCAUGCUCAUAGUUUUCUUUCUGGAUAACUACAUCACAUACUGGGAGAGUAUUAGCCUGCUGCUAUCCUAUGCUGCCUAUGUGGUAUUUAUGAAGUUCAAUGGGAAUGUAGAGACUCUCGUCAAGAGCAUCACAAACAGAAACCAGGUGGUGGAAGUAGAGGCCCAACCAAAGGCUGAUUGUCAUAGUUCGACUGCCAGAGACAGAGAUGACAUGUUUCUCCUCCUAUCACAGGCUAAGCCCCGGAUGCAGAGAGGAGGGAGCUCCGCCUCCUUACACAACAGCUUGAUGAGAAACAGUAUCUUUCAGCUGAUGAUCCACACUCUCGACCCUUUAAGUGAAGAGCUGGGGACUUAUGGCAAGCUAAAAUAUUAUCAGACAAUGACCGAGGAAGGAAAGUUCCGUGAGAAGGCCUCAAUCCUACACAAAAUUGCCAAAAAGAAAUGCCAAGUGGAGGAUUCAAACGGAGUUGCUGAUAAAAAUCUGCCGAACAGCUCAUGUGUGGAUGUGGACAUGACCCCACCCAUGAACGGCACCGCUGGACAAGAUGAAGAUGAUGAGGACGAUCAGCCUCUUAGCCUCUCAUGGCCAGAGACCGGCCGUAAACGUUGCACGUAUCUCUUGAUCCUGCCCAUAAUCCUCCCUCUGUGGAUAACUCUGCCUGAUGUCAGGAAGGCUAGUGCCAAGAAGUUCUUUCCUAUUACGUUCCUGGGGGCGAUUUGCUGGAUUGCUGGUUUCUCCUACCUGAUGGUUUGGUGGGCUCACCAGGUUGGAGAGACUAUCGGCAUCACAGAGGAGAUCAUGGGGCUGACGAUUCUUGCGGCUGGAACCUCCAUCCCUGACCUCAUCACCAGUGUCAUUGUGGCUCGUAAGGGUCUGGGGGACAUGGCGGUGUCUAGCUCAGUGGGCUCCAACAUAUUUGACAUUACUGUGGGGUUACCAUUUCCAUGGCUGAUGUACUCUUUUGUAAACAGUAUGAGUCCAGUACGGGUGAGCAGUAAUGGUCUGUUCUGUGCCAUUGUGCUACUCUUCCUCAUGCUUCUCUUCGUCAUCAUCUCAAUCGCCGCCUGUAAGUGGAAAUUGAGCAAACUGCUGGGCUUCAUCAUGUUCCUGCUCUAUAUCGUCUUCCUGGUGGUCAGCGUCCUUUUGGAGGAUAAGGUCAUCGUCUGCCCUAUCUCUAUCUAAUGUCCU